AUGCUAGACCCGCUGCCGAGCGACCUGCCGUUUCGCAUCGUAUCGGACACGAUCGGACGGGGCGCCUUUGCUUCGAUCAAGAAGGCGAUGCCGCUGGCGGACAGCCAGCCGGUGUUUGCGGUCAAGCUGAUCCACAAGGCGUACGCGGUCAAGAAGGGGCGGAUCUCGCUCAAGCAGAUCACGACGGAGGUGGCGCUGCACUCGCACGUCGGCCAGCACGCCAACGUGAUCGAGUGGUUUGCCACGGGCGAGGACGCGGUCUGGCGCUGGAUCGCCAUGGAGUACGCCGAGGGCGGCGACCUGUUUGACAAGAUCGAGGCCGACGUCGGCGUGCCCGAAGACAUUGCCCACCUCUACUUCCGGCAGCUCGUCGGCGGCAUCAGCUUCAUCCACUCCAAGGGCGUGGCCCACCGCGAUCUCAAGCCCGAGAACAUCUUGCUCGACGGUCGUGGCGACCUGAAGCUGGCCGACUUCGGCAUGGCCACCAUGUUCGAGUACAAGGGCAGCCGCAAGCAGAGCUCGACCACCUGCGGCAGCCCGCCGUACAUUGCCCCGGAAGUGCUGGCCUGCUCCGUUCAGGAACAGCCACCGACCAAAAAGUACGCGCCCGACCUCGUCGACAUCUGGUCCGCCGGCGUCAUCCUCUUCGUCCUCCUCGUCGGCAACACACCCUGGGACGAGCCGGUGACGACCAGCUGGGAGUUCCACGAGUACGCCCGCACCGGUGGCCACAGCUCCGAUCCGCUCUGGCAGCGACUCCCUCCGUCGGCCGUCUCGCUGCUGCGCGGCAUGAUGAGCAUCGACACCGCCCGUCGCUUCAGCUUCCACCAGAUCCGCCAGCACCCCUGGUUCACGCGUCCGAACCGCCUGCUCACCGCCGAUGGCCGCGUCUCCGACCCGCUCGAGCUGGCCACCCAGAUGCUCAGCAACCUGCACAUCGACCUAACUCAGGCUUCCAUCGCCCAGGCUGCCGCAACAGCCGCAACAGCCGCAACAGCCGCAGAAACAAACCAUGGCCCAGCCCUGGCUUCCACCCAGCCUGAGGUGCCCAUCCACGACGUCGCCUACGACUGGGAGCGCCCAGGCCUCCGGGCUGCCGGCCGCUUUGCUGUCUCGGCCACACAGCCCGUCUCGCGCGCAGACGUCACGCCGGCCGACUGGAUCGACAGCAACAAGGCCAAGAACAAACACUCAAACACAAACAUCUACAGCCUGCGCGAAGCCCUGGCCGAGGAACCUGCCAUGAGCCAGUUCUCCCAGACCCGUGGCCUGCCCCUCUCUCUCACUCAGCACGCUCGCCGCUUCCAGGACAUCGUGCCGUCCUACUCGCUCACCCGCUUCUUCUCCCAUGUGCCGCCGGCACUGCUCGUCCAGAUGCUCUGCGCUGCCCUCCACCAGCUCAACGUCUCGGCACCCGCACCUGAGGCUGCCAUGGCCGCCACUACGGCCGCUCGCAGCGAGGCUGUCGCCCGCAUCCACGUCCGUGUUGUUGACGGCCGCAGACAGUCCCUCCAUGGCGAAAUCGCCGUCGACUGGUGCCAGCUCGCCCUUCCCGGCUACGGUGACGACGGCUCCGAGCUGCAGCCGUCCCAGCUGCUCGAGGUCCGCUUCAUCAAGUACAAGGGCGAUCCGCUCGAGUGGCGUCGCUUCUUCAAAAAAAUGGCCCAGCUCUGCUGCGACGCCAUCUACUCCCCCGAAGACGGCUCGGCCGCCGGCCCAUAG